AUGGAUACAAGGAAUUCUUCUACAUUAACAGAAUUCAUAUUAAGAGGUCUUCCCCAUAGUGACGGGUUACAGAUUCCACUUUUUGUGUUUUUCUCUCUUAUCUAUAUAUUUACUCUGCUGGGGAACUUUCUUUUGAUUUUGGCAGUAAAAGGAUCAUCAUCUCUUCACACGCCUAUGUAUUUUUUCCUCGCCAACCUCUCAUCUUUAGAUAUAUGUUUGUCUUCAGUCACUUUGCCUAAGUUACUAGAGAAUUUUCUGUCUGCCAAGACUAUACUUUUUCGUGGGUGUGUUUCACAGUUGUAUUUUUUCCAUUUCAUAGCAAGCUCUGAGUGUUUUCUAUACACAGUAAUGGCAUAUGAUAGGUAUGUAGCUAUAUGCAGACCUCUACAUUAUGCAAAGCUCAUGAGCUGGAAGAUCUGCAUGUGUCUUGCAUCUGGUGCUUGGUUGGCUGGGUCACUUCAUUCAAUUAGCCACACAGUAUUAACAUUUCAUCUACCAUUUUGUGGCUCUAAUGAGAUAGAUUACUUUUUCUGUGAUAUUAUCCCUGUGCUGAAGUUGGCUUGCGCAGAUACCACCCUUAACAAAACCAUGAUAUUCGCCAACAUUGCUGCAAUAUCUCUAAGCUGCUUUCUACUCAUUCUGACAUCUUAUAUCCAUAUUUUAUUGGCCAUUAUAAAAAUUAGAACUGUGGACGGGAGAAAAAAGACCUUCUCCACUUGUGUCGCCCAUGUGACAGUGGUGGCUUUGUUUUAUAUUCCAUGUGUCUUCACCUAUAUGCGCCCUAAUUCUGGAUCCUCACUGGAUGGCACAGUUGCAGUUUUCUACACACUUAUCACUCCACUUAUUAACCCCAUUAUCUACAGUCUAAGAAAUAAAGAGGUAAAGGAAACUCUGAAAAAUUUCUAUGGGAGAAAGAGAAAGUAG